UUUUCAGGUGUUAAGAAAUACAUCUAAAGUGUGGAUUUUUAACCAAAAACGUUAAAUUUUCACAUCAGAGCCACCGACACGGGGUCAGACUUGAAAUAGGGUGAAAUACUGAUGAUGGGGGUGAAAAAGGAGAUAGGAGGGCAGGCUGCUAACGUGUCAGGGCAGAUCUCUCACGUGGAACUGGCUUCUGGUCUCCCUUCCCAGCAGAAAAUUAAGGCAGAUGACAUGCCCCGUUUCUAUGGAGACAUCUGUGAUGCUGUACGCUGCUCCCAGGAUCCCUUAGGACAGGGAGCUCUGGGAAUUGCUCUUCUCUCGGCCCGUGCUUGGGCCUGCAGGUUCAUGCUUGGGGCCGAGUUCCCCACGACACCCAGGUCCGGAGGCCCAGAGGAUCAGUCCAAGUCAUCAUUCAGGUGGCAAACCUUGGCCAUUUGGUCCCACGCUCCCAAUGUUACCUGUCAGAGCCAGCAUGCCAAAGAAGAAAAGUAUGGUGCCCAACUUGAUGGAGAAGAGCCUGAUGGUCCUCCAGAGAGUGGCCAGCCGGGAAGACCAGACCCCGGAACGGAAACUUCACCGCAAGCAGCACGCCAUCAGCAGGUCGGCCCAGGCUGUCGGCUGCUGCUGCAGGAGGACGGUACGGGGUCUCGGGAGGAGGGGCGGCCCGGGCACACAGCUCGCGUGGACAGGACCUGCUUCCCCUGUGGAUGAAAGGCCUCGAGGGAGGUGGGCCAAGAGAGUGGUCCAAAAAUGUCCGAGUGAUGAUGACGACCGGCAGAUCCGGGAGGGCAAAGACAGGAGAGGCCUCCUCCAGGGUCUUUUGUCCCCUGGCGGCCUCAUCUUCCCACCUCCCCAGGGCGAUUACAACCACGAUGCCAGCCUGGAGGACAGUGGCUUUGCAUCUGAAGUGGAGGAGCUUUGGAGAAAGUUUCUCAUGCGUCCCAGCUGCCCCCAGUUCAGCAACAGGUCCACGUCCAUGACCCACUACGGUAAGAGCCGCCAACGGUGCCCCGCGUGGAGACCGCCUCCCACCCCACCCCGUCGGAGUCGGGGGCCCGCGCUGGGCCCUGGUGCAGGGCAGCCCAAGGGUGGUGGCCGGAUGGGACGUGCGCGGUGGCUGCGGCUGCUGCUUCUGAGCCUCGCUCUGCGGAAGCGGGGCCGGAACCGGCAGCUGCGACCAGGAUUCCAAGAGUUGGGGUGGGGGAGGGAGAAGUUUGAAGACCCUGGAAGCUUCAGGAAAGAGGCCCCCGGGACCAAAGGCAGCUUGCUGGGGACCGGGCCCUGUGAGGGGCCUCAGCAGCCCUUGAGCGCAGCCCACGUCGCUCUGACCCUGAAGGAGUGGCUCUGGGAGGGCGGCCGAGGCGCGCAGCGGUCCCCAGGGGAGCGUCAGUCAGGCCAGGUGUCACCCAGCCCCCGGUGCCGGGCCCUGGGCAGUGCCCGUUGCCCCCACACACAGCGUCACCCUCAGCGGCGGUGGAAUUGCGGCCGAGGGGCUGUAGACAGCAGCUGGGGGCCUGUUCCUGGGUCCCAAGCCGCAGUCAGGCUCAAGCGGGCGCCCCAGCCGCCUUUCCAGGGUCUAAGCUCCCCUUCCUCAGUGCUGGGGCCUCGGAGAGCAGCCAGCACUCCAGGACCAGGAGAGCGGCAGCUUAGCGGCCCCGGGGCCAGCCCUUGGGUGGAGGGCCGCCUGCAGGACUGCGAGGAGGGAAGGCGGGGUCCGUCCCGCCAGGAGGGGACGCAGAGACCACGCUGGCCCGGCCCAGCCACCACACUCGCUCCGCCGGAGGAGCUGUGCUUCGACUCUGAGCCCCGGACGAUGACCGAGGACCUGCUCCCUGGCCAGCAGGGCUUGGACGUGCAGGUGGACGGCCUCCUCCAUCCCUUCAGUAAGAGCGCCUGCGAGUUCAGUUCCCUGCAGAAGAGGAGUGCGCCCCGGGUGCCGAGCCCGGCCUCCAGCCGCCCAGCCCUGGCGCAGAGCGACCUGAGGAGGGGGGUGCCCUGGUACGUCGCUGUCAUCCACGAGAAGGAUCACUGCCUGCUCACGCUCGGGGAGGAAGUCCGGCGCCUCUCCGAGCUGGAGAUGCAGGUUCAGAAGAAAGACCAGGAGAUCCUGGCUCUCCAGGAGGAGAGGGAGGCCUUGAAGAGGCAGCUGAGAUCCCUCCUGAAGGGCACGGGCCAGGAGGCCUUGCUCAGCCAGGGCACCAGGAAGCGGCCCUCGGAGUGCGUGUCAAAGCCGCAGAAGAGGCAGAGCACCGUGAAAACCACGGGGGACGAGGGGGAGCUGGAACCCAGGAGGCAGCCCUGCUUAGCAUCCCCUUUCCGCUCCCAGAUGCAGAAAGAGUUCUCUGUGACCAUGACCGACAGAGGCCAGGUCCCAGAAGGAGGCGGCCUCGAGGAGGAAGAGGGCCUGGAAGGGGAGGCUGAGAGGGCUGUGGACAAGGGAGGGAGGGGCAGUGGGAGCAAGAAGGGGACUCUGCAGGAGAAGGGAGGCGAGGAGGAGGAGGAGGUGGAGGAGGAGGAGGUGGAGGAGGAGGAGGAGGAGGAGGAGAAGAUGAUGGAGGAAGAGGAGUCGGGGGUGGAACUGGAGGAGGAGAAGGAAGUCCAGGAGGACAAGAUUGUCGGCAGGAAGAGAGCUGGCUCCCUGGACGACACCUUUGAGGAGGAGCUGAUGGCCCAGCUGGAGGAGUAUGAGCAGUUGAUACAGGAGUUCCAGUUCCAGCUGGAGAUCACCCGGACCAGAUACUCCCUGGCCACAGGUGCCAUCAAGUCCCUGCAACAACAAGUGGAGCGCCAGGAGUCCCAGCUGCAGGCGGUCAGCACGGAGAACGAGCUGCUGCAGAAGGAGCUGCGGGCGCGGAAGCACCAGCUGCAGGCCAUGUCCGACAAGUUCUCCAGCCUCCGGGAGGACAAGAAGCACCAGGAGAUGAUGGGGCUCAUCGAGAAAGACAACCUCCUUCUCCGACAGCAAGUGUGGGACCUGGAGCGAGAACUCGCCAAGCGGGAGCAGGCCAUCUCGGGCUCGGAGGCCAGGAUCAGCCAGCUGCAGGCCCAGGUGAGCCAGCAGCACGACCACCUGCAGAGGCGGAAGCAGCUGCAGGAGGAGGCGCAGGACAAGAAGGAGCAGAUCCAGCAGGCGGAGCAGCAGGCCCGCGUGGCCCUGGAGAGCGCCCAGGCCCGGCUCGAAAGACUGAGAAACAAGAUCAUCCAGGCUGCCUUUAACGCCGUCGGGGUCAAGUCCUUGGCCACAGAGAUCUCUGACAGUGACAUCCUGGAGGCCCUGCAGAGGAUCAUCUCAGAGAGAAAUGACUACUACAACCAGCUGAAACAGAAGGGUGUCAAAAUGCCCCCCCUGCAGCAGCUGGAGAUCAGAGCCUCGCCCAGCAAGUCCAAGAAGAUAACCUCCAAGUAGCCCCAGCCGGGACCCCCGGCACGGCCAGCCCAGUGGAGGCCAGGACCCAGCCUGGGGGCACGCUGUGUCAACACCCCCCUCCCCGCCCCACCCUCGAGCUGGGAUUCAGAAUUACACCUGCUGUUGGCCAUGCUCUCACCUUGCCCUUCACCAGGACUCACAGCUGGGCUUCGGCUACAUCGACACCCCCCAAUUCCAAAACUCACUCGUUGGGGGUCUGCAUAGCAGCCUGAACCCCGCUUCUUCCUGGGGAGACCCCACACCGAGCAGGGUGCCCUCUGGGGGUCCCAGGUGUAGGAGACUUGGUCUGGGCUCCUAUGCAUUCAGUUCAGGCCCGCAGUGGCCUUUCUGUCCCGCCAGCUGCGCACACCUGCGGCAGCUCCCCUGCAGGGGGGCUUCCAUGGCUGGGCUUCCCCUGACUGGGAUACUGCCUUGCUGGGGCGACCCUAGGAAAGAAGGUGGGUCGGGGUGCAGCACUUCCGUUCCCAUCCAUCGCUCCUAGGAUGAGAACUCCACGAGGACAGCUACGCUUGUCUGUGCGCUUUCCGGCACACAGACACCUGCUGAACGGAGUCCAUCCUCCGCCUCUUCCCUUUGCUGGCCACGCCGACCUGUCCACGCAUCCUUUCAUUCGCGCAGCGCGGGCUCGCGGAGUAAUGCCCGGUGCGUGGCGGUCCAGCCCCGGCUUCUGGCCGCUUAGAGCGAUGACCUGGGCCGAGCUCCACGCAACCCCGGGCGCCCCCGCGAGCCGCCUGGUGUCUCGGUUCUAACCAGGCACGCCGGGACUCCUGAACCCGCUUCUCCGCUGACCCCUGUUCUCGUCGGGGGUCUGGUGGGGGAGGAUGAGUGGGGAGGGGGGCUCGGAGAUCCUAGCUGUGUCCGGGCCCAGGGGACGUGAGCGCUCUGCUGCCCCUGCGGCCCUUACUGCCCCUCACCGCUGCGCCGCGCACCUCCCAGAAGGCCAGGAGCCCGGUCCGCGCUCCCGCUCGCCGCGCCCCCUGCCGCGCGCCCCCCUCCUCCCCACGACUUCACCAGGCUCCUCCCGGGUUUCAGGAGCCCGGCGGCCGCGCGC